AAUUCGCUGUAACUCCUGUUCCAACUUUCAACUGACUGACGGUGAUAAACAGUCCGUUAAUCUCCGCGGUAGACCUGCUAAUCUGCCCGAUUUAACGGCAACAGCCUUCCAACAAAGCACCGAAACUGCCCUGUGACGGUCCGUGGUUUAUUCCGGUCUUUAAAAGUACCUGGAUAAAGUCCGUAAAGUACGUUACAACGAGCUAACGUUAGCUUUAACGGUUACGUUAGUUAGCUAUCUGGUUAGCCGCUAAUUUAAACCUCGACCGGGAACCUGAAGAUUAUGAAAUCCAGCCGGGCGGGGACUCUAGUUUCAGCCGACCGCCCAGCAGCGCUAACGGGAAGUGUGAGGGGUGUUUCCAGCUGAUCUGCACAACAGAAGGACCAGAGUCUCACCCUCAGCAGCCCGACCUCCCUGCACCUUCUCCGGGCACCACAGCAGAGCGGACCGGCCGCCGGCAGGUCUGCACCCCCACAGGACGGACCUGAUUCGGGAUUAAUAUCUGGUGUCCCCCCCCACCCCACCUUCCUGUCUCCGCGCCUGCGCUCCUCUUAGCCGCCUGUUAGCUACCGUGAACCGGUGCCGUCGCUAGCUGCUAGCCCGGACUGUCAUGAUCCCAGCUCGGAGAUGGCGUCCUUCCCCGGUUUGUGUAAGGCUGUCGGGCCCGCGGAGGAGGAGAACGGAGAGCUGGACGGGUCCCUGCAGCAGAUGCUGAAGGCCAUCGCCGACGAGAGGAACCGACUGAACAUCCGCCAGGAGAUCAGCGGACUCGGCUGCUUUAAGGAUGACCGCAUCGUGUUUUGGACGUGGAUGUUCUCCACGUAUUUCAUGGAGAAGAGGGCUCCUCAACAGGACGACAUGCUGUUCUACGUCCGCAGGAAGCUCGCCUACGUCAGCGCAGAAAACACCGAGGGCAAAAAGGUGGAGGUGGAGGUCUACAGGAGAGACUCCAAGAAGCUGCCGGGCCUCGGAGACCCGGACAUCGACUGGGAGGAGAGCGUCUACCUGAACCUCAUCCUGCAGAAGCUGGACUACGUGGUGACGUGUGCCGUGUGCACGCGCUCAGACGCAGGAGAUAUCCACAUCCACAAGAAGAAAUGUCAGGAAGUGUUUGCGUCUCCCAGCAAACACGCCAUGGACAGCAAAGGAGAGGAGUCCAAGAUGAGCUACCCGAACAUCUUCUUCAUGAUCGACAACUUUGAGGAGGUGACGUUUCUCUCCCGACUUUAACCCUUUCUGAGCCACACGGCAGCCUGUGAAAUGAGCAGAGUUCGGCUAAAGUAAUAAUAUUACUUAUGUUACUUUCACACGCACGCUGUUUAGAGAUGAAUCCACUGGAACAAUAAUGAACCUGAGGAGUCGACAAGCAGCCAAACUGGAAACAUGCAGCCUCUCAGACCAGAGGAUGCAAAAAUAAAUAAAAAUAAAGCAGGUCUUUCCCGA